AAGUAGAACAUUAUUAAGUCAGAUGUUGCUCAUAGCUGAAGGAAAACCAACAGCGUUGCUCUUGUGAAUGCAGCGUCUAUGGAAGCAAGUCUGAACUACAGAAUCAUCCAGCAGAAGUAAUGGCCCCCUGCGGCCUCUCGUCUCUUUGAGCAUCAGCAGCAUCACCCCGGGGGCAGGAAUGAUCUACCUGGCUCACACAGCACACCGCCAGUUCCUGGGUCUCGUGUUCGGCUUUCUGGCGUGGCUCUUCAUCGUGACGACAACCGGCAUCAACGAGUGGCGCCUCUGGUACGUGGACGACGUGUCCGUCAUCACGUCAGGCGUGGCCUGGGUGGGGAUCUGGAGGGCGUGCUUCUAUAGCCACGUCCUCCCGGAGGCCGAGUACUGUCGCGGCAUCGGCGUCUCGGACAGCUUCGUCCCUGCCGAGAUCCCCUCGGCUCAGGUCCUGAUGAUGCUGGCGGUGAUCACCGGCCUGCUGGGGAACGUCAGCGCGGCGGUGGCCGUGAGGUUCGCCUACUUCUCAGUGGAAGACCGCAGAAACAUGAGGCUGAGCUUCAUGGUGGCCGGGACUCUAUAUUCGGUCACGGCGGUGUUGUCCUUGGUGCCUCUGGUGUGGAACAUGGCCUCCGUUCUGAACAACAGCACCAUAGACUUUCCUCCGGAGUUCAACCUGCCCGUCGCUCCGGUCCGGCAGAGUGUGGGAGCGGCCAUCGGAAUGGGAAUGUUUGCUUCCAUCCUGAUGCUCAUAAGCGGAGUGAUUUUCUUCUGCUACAGGCAUUCAUCGCAAACCGCGGACUCGCUCAGCGGCCACUGGACGGUACCGACACUGCCGAGAAAGUCUGAGCUGCCCAAGGGUGACAGUCAAGCGAUGGAUAAUCCGGGGUUCUACAGUGAAGAAAGAUUGUGAUGGUUCUACACAUUUUAAGAACAUUUCUGAACUACCAAGCAACCAUGCCCGCAUGUGAAAGAUCAUAACAUUCCUCCUCAAUGGCAGGUGCCAAAAACUCAACAAAGACAUAGCAGGAAUCACCCUAAUGGACGCCAUCUCAUGUGCUACACGCUCUCUGUGGCAGGAAUCCAAAUAAAUAUAACCACCAAUAACUAGAUUAUUCAACGUUUUUUGCAGGAGAUGACAUUUAAAAUGUUAUUUCCGGUUAAGUUGACAUGGCCGUCUUGUUUCCAGUGACCUUUCACGAAUACCACCUGACCACCUGACCCUGAUUUGUCAAGCUAGAGACUCCUGAAGACCAGCAAUGGUCUCCUGGACCAGGCUGGUUGGAGAGGAUACCCUGAACCCUGGAAGAACGCAGACGAGACCUCUGUGAACCCAACUCACCUCUAAAGUACAUCCCACAUGCAACAUCUGGCAGAAAUAUUCUCAGACUUGGAACUGUUCUAGUUUUUUUUUUUUUUUACUCUAAAACCACAAACUUCAGUGUGAUGUCUUGCUACUGUAUCUGAUGGCGUGAAUGCUAUUGUUCCAUUAAGUUCUCAGAGGUUUUUUAGAGAAUAAAUCCUGAAAGAUCUAAUAAAUCUGGC